AUUUUUCCGAAAGCGCUUGUGGUGCAAAUAUAUUUUAUAUAUAUGUAUAAAUAUGUAUGUGAAAAAAUGUGAAGCAUAGGCCGUACAAAUUUAAUGAAUUGCCGAAAUCCAACAGCCAUGAUUUUGUCAGUUUUCUCCCUAGUCUUUAUUCUAUUUUCUGGAGUGAAUGGAAAUUUCUCCCCCGAUUAUGUUCUUGAUAAUUUAGGCUUCAAUACAACUAUCACUAUUGAUGAUUUUGGUCAACUUUUAAAACGGUUGAAACUUGGUACUGAAUAUCAGAGAGUUCACUGUGAACAUAAAGACGAACACAGUUUACAUUUAAAUAAAGAUCAUGAUCAUAACAGUAAUCAUAGCAGUCAUGAUGACGACCAUGAUGGCCACAAUGAUGAAAUGCAUACAAAUUCUAUUCAAAAAGAUAAACAACUUACAAAAAAUCAAAAGAAUCUGUGCCUCCAUCAUUCACAGUAUCCAGGCUUACAAAAUAGAGAUGCUAUUUCCAGGGACGACUUUAUGAAAUUAUGUCCAGUAAUAAUUAGUCAAUUAGAUGACCAAUCUUGCAAUCUCUGCACUGAAAAAGAGAAAGUACAAAAGAAUAAGAAAAUAUGGAUAUGGGUGUAUUCGAUAUGCGCAGUAACCGUUUCAAGCUUGGCUAGUCUGGUUUGUGCUGUAUUGGUACCCUUAUUGAAGAGGGUUUUUUACAAUCAUCUGUUAAAUUUUUUGGUAGCAUUAGCCGUAUCCUGUUUAACAGGGGACGCCUUAAUGCAUUUAAUACCUCACGCUAUUUUAGAUCAACAUGGAGAUGAUAAUGGCCAUAAUCACCAAGAUGAUGAUAAACAUGGAAAGGCUUUAUUUUACGGAUUAAUGGCUGUAGUGGGAAUUUAUUCGUUUUUUGUUUUUGAAAGAAUUAUUAGUUGGCUGGGAGAAGUUCGGAGACGUAAGAAAGAAGCCAAAGCAGAUAGUAAGACAACAAAGCCCAAAAAUGAUACAAAAAAUAAUCAAACUACAAUUUCCGAACGAGUUGGACUAACCUCUAACGCUAAAACUUGUCCUCUGACAGAGGGGGAGCCAAUGGGAUUUAAAAAUAAAGUUUCAUUUAAUGACGCUCAUGAUUCGGAGGCAGAUAGACCACGUUUGAACAGCAAUAAUCAACCACAAGAAACUGAUUGUCAUUGUGACAAUAUUGUUAUGACUGUCCAUUCUAAGGAGGUGAAGAGGUAUGCUGAUGAGAUGCAUCAACAAGUCUUCCACGACUGCGAAUUAAGUCCAGCCGAUACUGACUGUUCCGCAUCGCACUCUCGGGUUGUUCACUAUCAUCAACACAAGAAUGGGACGCCAGCUAAUUGUUCAGUUGAAAAAGGAAAAGCUGAUAAAUUACAAAAGCAAAUCAAACCUGUCGCUUGGAUGGUUCUCUUCGGUGAUGGUCUACAUAAUUUUUGCGACGGUAUUGCAAUUGGAACAGCAUUUUCCAUAUCAAUUUCCGGGGGAAUGAGUACAGCUAUUGCAGUAUUUUGCCACGAACUUCCUCAUGAAUUUGGCGAUUUUGCUGUUUUACUGAGAGCUGGUAUGUCGGUAAAACAGGCUCUUGGGUAUAACUUUCUGUCAUCAGUGACAAGCUUUAUUGGAAUGGUAAUUGGAAUAAUGGUAAGGUCUUUUAGCUAUAAAGUUACUAUUAAAAAAGUAUUUCUACUAAACCUAUACUUGUACUAGAGUACAUUGUAGUUAGUUGAAUAGAAAAAUAUAGAAAAAUGGAAAAGCUCAACCUCUUUUGCUUUGGGUAAUUAAAAAAUAACGACACGACAGUCUUUAUAGAUACUAAUUCCUUAUGAUUUCUAAAGAUCAUUAUACCUUUAAAAGAUUCUGCUUUUGUUAAAGAUAAUAAUAAUAAAAAAAAUAAUUUUGCUAUAAAUUUUACAGUAGAUUUUUGUAAAAAAUAUUUAACAACAGCAAUUUCUUUUUUAUAUUCCAGAUAGGAGAAACUUUUUGGACGUCUUAUAUGCUCACUUUCAUUGCUGGAACUUUUCUCUACAUUUCUUUAGCUCACAUGGUUAUUAUUUAAAUUAGAAAUUAAUCUUAUAUUGAUUAAUUUUUAUUUUUAGCUACCUGAAAUGACAAGUAUUUAUUCAAGAAAAGGUGAAAAACUUUUCAUACACGCCUUUCUCCAAAAUGCAGGACUCCUUAUAGGAUGGAUAGGGAUGUUCGUUAUUGCCUAUUAUCAUUGAUCUGUGUUUUUAUUAUAAACGCAGUAUAAUCUUACAUGGUGCAAGGUUAAAGAAAAAAAAUGCAAAAUCCUUUUUUAACGUUGUAGUGAAAUGUAUUAAUCUACAAUGCGAAAAAAAAUCAUUCUUCGAUAAGAACAAUUUGAAAACAUUUAUACCUCUUUUGAUAAGUUAAAUUGUUCUAUCAGUAGUUAUCUUUAUGUUUUUUGAUGGUUGAAAUUGAUACUCUCCAAUCAAUUGUUAUUUAUGUUCUAUUUGUUGGAGUGUGAAACAUUCUCAUUUAUAAUUUUGCUAUUAUAGGUAAAUUUGUAUUUUUGGCUUCAGUUUCAUUUAGAGUAAUAUUUUUGACACGUUGAGAGUGCCAUAUUGCAAAAAAUGUAUUAUUUAUAUAUUAAAAUAAAUAAGAAAAUAUAACUUUCGCAGAUGUAUUCUUUGACCACCGAAAGCAGUCUAAAGUUGAUUUUAUGGUGUUGGGAAAGGUCACGUGACCCGUUUUUUUUUUUGCACCCUG